CGCGUUCUGCUCCCGGGUCGCGUUCCCAUGGCCGCCCGGAAGCGGCGACAGGAGGGCGAGGCGGGCCUGCUCCGGCCUCCAGUGACAGAGUCUUUGUUCUCUGAGAGGAAAUAAUAUGAAACCACCUCAUGUUUCUUGGAGCUACGAUUUCUGUUUCUGAUUUACUCAUACAUCCAGUUUGGGAACCUUCUAUACAAUCUGAGAUGGCAACAGAUUCAACUAUCCCAAUUUGGCAGAACAAACCUUGCGGCUCAUCACGCAGCGUAGUCAGGAGGAUUGGGACAAACCUGCCCUUAAAACCAUGUCCCAGGGCAUCAUUUGAGGUUCUGCCAAAUGUCUCUGAUCUGUACUUAAAUGACAUACCUCCAGUCCCUACUCUGGCAGACAUUGCGUGGAUAGCAGCAGAUGAUGAAGAAACAUAUGCUAGAGUCAGGAGCGACACUCGGCCACUAAAACACAAGUGGAAGCCCAGCCCCUUCAUGGUUAUCCAGCGAAACGCCUCGGUCCCCAACUUGAGGAAGCAGGAGGAGAAGCUGCUUGCCUUGAAGAAACCUGGUUUACCUGCCCUGAGUCGGACUACGGAGCUUCAGGAGGAGCUGAGUCACCUGCGGAGCCAAAUAGCUAAAAUUGUAGCUGGUGAUUCAGCGUCUGCUUCAUUAACGCCGGAUCUAUUAUCUCCAGAAAGUUCAAAUGUCUCUUCUCCCUUACCUUGUUUUGGAUCCUCUUUCCAAUCUACAACUUCCUUUGUCAUUAGUGACAUCACAGAGGAGGUGGCAGAACUAGACACUCCCGAGUUCCCCUCGGUGUCCAUGCUUUGUUCUGCAACCUCUCUCGAGUAUUGCAAGCUGGAGCCAAAGGAUCCUGACGAGGAGGAUUCCAUCUCUCUGUCGAAGGCCAGCAGUUUUGCAGACAUGAUGGGCAUUCUCAAAGAUAUCCAUCGCAUGAAGCAGAACAAAGAGUUGAACCGGACUUCACUGAAGGAGGAAGAUCCAGCUAUUCUCAUUUCAGAAGCAUUGAGGAGAAAGUUUGCUUUAAAGGAUGAAGAUAUAGCCAUGAAAGAAAAGUGACAUCACGCUCUAAUUUAACUCCGUAAGCAACAUAUAUCGUGCUCCUGAGAUUUCUCUCCACAGUAGCUGCCUUCCUAAGGAUCAAACUUUUUUGCCUCUUUAAUUAAGAAUUAUUUCUGCACUGGACACUUAUUUGAGAAAGAAACUUUGGAUUUGCAGUGUUUCCACGUAUCUUAAUAUAUAAAAACUUUUUAAGAAAAUGGAAAUUCUUUUCCACCCUAUUUUGAACCGAAGCAUUUUACUGGUGAGGUUCUUCUAACGAGUGAUAUGUGUGUGGCUAGGUGAAGUUUUCCCUCCUCCGUGUAUCUUUCUCUGUGAGUUUCGAUUCAAAUUAAUUAUUCAAGUUAACUAAACUCAUGACACCCUUGUCAUGGGGUAACUAGCUACCCAUUUCAGAUAUAAAUGGACAUCAAGCUCCUAAUACUUUCCCAGAGAGCCUGGAGCAAGGCUGUCAAUGAGAGUAAAUCGCUGCUUCCUUCCUCAUCCCCAGCUCUUUAGGCAGUUUUCCUUUGGACUGAGGUAGUUAGGAGCUUGUGUCAUUCUCCCCAGAAAAGGAUACCUUUCCCUAAGGCUUCUUCCAAUUAUUUUCCAGUCCCAAAUGGGACAGGAAGAGUUGAUGUGAAUUUUUGGACUCUUUAAUAAGAUUAAAAAAAUGUGAGGUUGGUGUCAGCAGGCCAGCGACUAAAGUAUUUUUGUAAUGUUUUAAAGUUCAAGUUGUCCCCAGAGAUCCACGAUAGCAGGCCCACGGCCUGUCCCUUCCCUGUUUCAUGAAUGUGAUCUUUCUAGUCCGAUGAAAUGUAUUUUAUUAACACAAAUUUCAGCAAGGAUAUAGUUUGAAUAAAAUGGCCAGAGCCCACCAGAGCGAGGCGAUUAACACCGGAAGGAACUUAAGGGAGGGGAAAGAGAAGGAGGCUGUUCAAAGGAAGUGGUGAUUCUCACUGGUUGAGACAUUUAUUCUGGGUAAAGAUGGUUGUCUGCAACUGUUCCUCACGGCUGUAUUCAGGGUGUGCGAUGUUUCCUUUGUAUAAAUGGAGCCCUGUGCUUGGUCCUCCAAUGAGC